UCUCCUGAUGAAGUCCGAGAUCUCAGAAGAACAUAUGUCAUGAAUCCAGCACAGCUGCACAGUCUUGGAAGUGGUGACUUACCACAACAGGUUAAGAAGGAAGCUGUCUUUGAGAUCCAAAGUAUGGAAAGCUUGUCAAAAAGCCCAGUUCAUACCUUCUCAAGUCAUGAAGUUCCCUCAGAUGUUUCCAGUCUACAAAAUUCAAGUGCCUAUGCUUUGCAAGAGGACUUAAGUGUGAGCACAAAGAGCAUCAGACAGAAAACCAACAGAAAAACUAGAGUAAUUAGGCAAAGAAAUGACUCUGAGGAGAAUCUGCCAAACAGUGUGAAAAUACCAGAGGCCAAAGCUGAAGAACAGCCUAAAAGAAGCCAGACAAGCAGGAAGAAGACUGUCAGGAAAAGUAGUUGUAGUGAUCAGAGAAAUGAACUUGAUGGUUUUGGGUCAUGUGUAGAUGUUCAAGGAGUAGCUCAGGAGAGCACAAAGGAUUUGACAGGUAAUCUUAAAUGUAGCAGGAAAACUUACAUUGUCCGUCCUUUGGAUCUUGCAGAAAACUUGGGUUGUGUCCAGAUAGAUUUUGAAGGGAGUAAAAUUGUACCUCCCAGGUCUGUUCCUGGGAGCAAAGCUAGCAAAAUCCCCAGAGUUCAGAGGAUGAUAGCUGCUCAGAGCAAUAAAAAACAGACAGGGGGCCUUCAAGAAAUAGGGCAAACCAAAGUUGACAACAUGAAUGUUUUGAAAAAAGAGGCCUAUCCCAAACGGAAGCCUCGGAGGAAGAGGAACACUUCUAGACCUUCAGAGACUGAUUCCCUGUCUGGACAAAGUGAUAAUGCCAAAGCACUCAUUGGAAGUUCAUCGGAACUUGCAUCCAAGCAAACUGUCCCAACGGGAAAGUUUUCUUACAUUACAGAUCUGCUGUCUGGGCCAGAUGCCUUCGUGGUGGAGCAGAUAGCUGAGAUAUCACUUACAAAUAAUCUUAUGGACCUUUCACACAGUCUUGACUCCUCCUCUGUGACCUGUUCUGCAGCUUUACCUGACAGCUCCAGACUUACAGUUGUACCAGUCUCCAAGAGCUUAAGUAUUGAGGGCAACAUAAUGCCAGAGAAAUCCUCUGUUUGGUCAGAAAGCUCCCUGAUAUUUGAAGAAAAGACUGUAGAGGAAAUAGCUGGGGAAAGGAACCAGGUUGAGUCAAGUUCUUGGAGCUCAUCUUCACAGCAACCUGAGAUCAGGCCACUACAGGACUUGACCAAUGCCAGGACUCUGAAUUCUUUCAGCUCAGAAGAAGUGUCAGGGUGCCUAUCCAGGCGGAGACGGGACCCAGGCUGCUAUGCAGAGCCAAAACUCAACAGGAAACUGAGGCAAGGUGACCCAUUUACAGACACAGAGUUCCUCCAUAUCCCUCUCUGCAGAACCAAAAAACCCAAAACUGCCAAAGCCAAGGAAAUGACCAAGAAGAUUAAAGAGGGAAAAGAAUGGCUUCCUGAAGGAUGUCCCAAUGCCAAGGCAGGCAAGCUAAUAACAACGGGAAGAGACAUGGAGCCAGAAGUAAAAUAGUGGUUGAACAGGCAGCCCCGAAGUCCCUGGGGACUUGUGCGUCUUUGCUAGAAUCUCUCUAAUGUUUUGCACAGCUUAUUUUUUAUUUUAAUUUUAAAGUAUAAAUAAAGUCUUUGUGGACAUUAUAAAAGUUUGUUACCCUUAU